CCAUCACGUGAUCACUCAUCAUUGUAAACAAUUUAAAACUUGAAAAAAUAGUGUGAUCAUCAUCAUCAUUUUUUUAUUUCGAAAAUAAAAAUGGAAAAUACAUUGGAAACACCGAAACAAGUUUAUUGUAAAUUUCUUGAAGUCAUCUCUAAUGAAAAUGAAAGUCCUGAAUUAUUGGAAUAUGAAGAAACAUUGGUCGAUUGUAUGAUCGAACAAAUUGAACAUAUGGAAAAUAAUAUUUCGAGAUUGAAAAAUAAAUUGGAAACAUUUUGUAUUGAACAACAUCGAACCGAAAUUGAUCGAUUACAAUAUACGGUGAAUGUUUAUCUACGUACUCGUAUCAAGAAAAUUGAACAAAACUGUGCUACCAUGAUAAAGAUAUUGAAAUCAGAUCAACAACGUGCACAGAAAUUAAUGUCAGCCGGUGAAAUAAAAUAUCUGGAUAGUUAUUUUAUGAAUAUGGAAAAUUAUCUUGCCGAAUCCGUUAUGGGCAAGCUGAACAUACCGAUCAAAGAUGCAUCGCAUACAUUUAGUUUAUUAGAAUUGCCACGAAAUGAUCAAGAAAUAUUCGAUAAUACCUAUGUAUUCGUAAAGGCGUUGAAAAAAAUUGACGUAUUAAUCAAUAGUGAAGAUGGUGAACAAGAAUCGAUUACAUUGGAACCACAAUCUAUUCAUUUUCUACCAUAUUCAUCGAUACGGCAUUUUAUUCUCAAUAGUGGUAGCCAGAAUAAUGUUGUGCUUAUGUAAGAAUAUUAUUUAUUAUUAAUAAUAAUAAUUGAAUUGAUUGAUU